GCCCUGUCCAGAGGCGGGGCCUGCCUCUGUCAACCCGAGCCUGAGCGAUCAUGGCAACGAGCUCUGGCGGGGAGCGCGUGGCAGCGGUAGCAGCGGUAGCAGCGGCGGUAGUUUGGUCGCGGUCUGGGACGGCGGAGCGGCGGCGGCGGCGGCGGCGGCACAGGCAUUCGCACCGGUCCUGAGCGCCAUGCAGCAGGGCGGCUCCGAGAGAGAGUUGGCGGCCAGGUGGGAGGCAGAGGCGGUAGCCGCGGCCGAAGCUCAGGCGGCGAUGAAGGAGGCGCGGGUCGGCGUGGAAGCGGGCGCUGCCGGGGAGCCCGAACCCGCGGCGGGGGAGGAGCAGCCCAAAGCCCCUGAGCGGCCCCAUGCGGCCGAGGAGGGCGACGCCCGCACAGGCCCGCCCGCGCUGCCCCUGUCCAAGCCCAAGCCGGCGCCGGCACGGGGGCUCGGCCCGCACGGGAAGCCCAGGGGCAAAGGACGAGAGCCGCGGCCAGUCACCGUGGACAGCUCCAAGGCCAGAACCUCCCUGGAAGCCCUGAAGAUCAGCAUCCGCCAGCUCAAGUGGAAGGAGUUCCCGUUUGGCCGACGCUUGCCUUGUGACAUCUACUGGCACGGAGUUUCAUUUCAUGACAAUGACAUAUUCUGUGGUCAAGUGAACAAGUUUCCAGGCAUGACGGAGAUGGUGCGUAAAAUUACCCUGAGCAGAGCAGUGAGAAUCAUGCAGAAUCUCUUUCCUGAGGAGUACAACUUCUACCCUCGUUCAUGGAUUCUGCCUGACGAGUUCCAGCUCUUUGUUGCUCAGGUUCAAAUGGUGAAAAAUGGUGAUCCCUCUUGGAAGCCCACUUUUAUUGUGAAACCUGAUGGCGGUUGUCAGGGUGAUGGAAUCUACCUCAUUAAAGAUCCUAGUGACAUCCGGUUGGCUGGGACCCUCCGGAGCAGACCAGCUGUGGUCCAGGAAUACAUCUGCAAACCUCUCCUUAUUGACAAGCUCAAGUUUGAUAUUCGUCUGUACGUCUUGCUCAAGUCCUUAGAGCCCUUGGAGAUCUACAUAGCCAAAGAUGGACUUUCUAGGUUUUGUACUGAGCCAUAUCAGGAGCCCAACUCCCAAAAUCUGCACCGUGUCUUCAUGCACUUAACCAACUAUUCACUGAAUGUCCACAGUAGCAACUUCGUCCAUUCAGACAAUACCAGCACAGGCAGUAAAAGGACUUUUUCCAGCAUUCUUUGUAGACUGUCUUCCAAAGGGGUUGACAUCAAGAAAGUCUGGUCUGACAUCAUCUCUUUGGUGAUUAAGACUGUCAUUGCUCUGACUCCAGAGCUCAAAGUGUUCUACCAGUCAGACAUCCCCACAGGGCGGCCAGGACCCACCUGCUUCCAGAUUUUAGGUUUUGACAUUCUUCUGAUGAAAAAUCUGAAGCCUAUGCUACUUGAAGUUAAUGCAAAUCCCAGCAUGAGAAUCGAACAUGAGCAUGAACUUUCUCCAGGCGUGUUUGAAAAUGUCCCCAGCCUGGUUGAUGAAGAGGUGAAAGUGGCUGUGAUCCGAGACACACUGCGUCUCAUGGACCCACUGAAGAAGAAAAGAGAGAACCAGUCUCAGCAGCUUGAGAAAUCACCAGCUGAGAAGGAAAACCCUCUGGACCAUGAGCUGGCUGGUGCCCCUGACACCAACCCUGAAGCCCACCUGCCUUCCAUUUGCCUCAAGCAGGUGUUCCCCAAGUAUGCAAAACAGUUCAACUACCUGCGCCUGGUGGACAGGAUGGCAAAUUUGUUUAUCCGGUUCCUGGGAAUCAAGGGGACAAUGAAGUUGGGACCAACAGGCUUUCGUACCUUUAUAAGGAACUGCAAGCUCAGCAGCAGCAAUUUGUCCAUGGCCGCUGUGGAUAUUCUGUACAUUGACAUCACGAGGAGGUGGAACUCCAUGACCCUGGACCAGCGGGACUCAGGGAUGUGUUUGCAGGCCUUCGUGGAAGCCUUCUUUUUCCUGGCCCAGAGGAAGUUCAAGAUGCUGCCACUUCACGAGCAGGUGGCCUCGCUGAUCGACCUAUGCGAAUACCACCUGUCCCUGUUGGACGAAAAGCGCCUGGUGUGCAGGCAGAGCGGCAUAGUGGGGGGCCGGUCCCUCCACUCCAUCCCCCACCAGGACGCCUGUUCCCCGUCCCAAGCGAACGGUGCUGAGAAGUUCUCCCACCCCAGACCUACUCUCUCCUGAAGGCCACUCUGUCCUCCCAGAAGAUGGUGCCCUUCAGGGCUGGGGACAGUGCUGGGCUUCUACCUGUGGAGGGACAGCAGGCACGCUGCCAGGACCCUGUCUGUGAUUCCUGUCCAUUGCCUCUGUGCUCUGCUGAGCUCCCACUUCACAAGGCUGAUUCUCACCGCCUCCUUCCCAGCACCUCUUAGUGACCUACCCUAUUUGCAGUCAUCAGUGGACAUAUGACAUCUGAAAUGUGACAGACGGCACCUUCUAUUCUGAGCACCAACUAGGGCAAACCUCCUGGUGGGGAGGCACAAACAAUCCCCAAACCGAGUGCCUUGGAGAGGAAGCUGAGCCCCAGAUCUGCUGGGGCCUCUGAGAGCUGCUGGUUAAAUUCCACCGUUGUCAUGUUCAUUUUCUUCCCCAACAAAAUGAAGUGGAAAAGAAAUAUCAAAUAGGCAGGUGUAAACCCCCCCCCAACCCAAUUAUGUGCUACACUGGUAUAGGUAACAGGUUAGUCUCAUUUAUUUCAUUAGCUCACCUGUUGCUGCAAUGUUUGGUUUGUUACUAAUUAAGAUAUAAUUAAGAUAUAACUAAAUUAGAUUCCUACAGCCUGAGAGCUGUCAGGAGCCACAGAGGUCAUUUUGUUAGACCUUGACCCCAAAGCAAGAAUCGUGCCAUUAACUUAUUUAUGGUCCAGGUGGUCCUGCAGCUCUGAGUGGACCCCUGCAAAUGGUCAAGGGUCCCUGUGUGCUGAGUACCAUGUUGGGAGCCCUGGGGAAGGGGAGAUGGUUUUGGAGAGGAUUUGAAGGCCAGAUAAAAACCAGGGCAAGCAGAAGUGCAUGUUGAAAGUACAGUGGCCCGGCCAGAACAAUUGGUGCUCCCCAGGGGUCCUCUGUGAGAAGCAGAGCAUGAAGACUCCAAACCUGCUCUUCCUGCCUCAUGAACAGAACACAAGGACUUCACCAUGAAAGGCCCCAGGGGACAUGCCAGGAGGUUUGCCACUAGCCUGGAACUGCAGUCUUUUCUCCCUGGAUACUGCUUUUUGAAGUGUCUCCACAGAAAGUGCUCACUUGCCACAGGGAACAGUCUCCAGGGCAAACCCCAACCAAGCACACUGAACUGGGGAGGGGGAGGAUCCAGAGGCUGAAUUCCAACCACAUUUUUGGAGUGAUAUAAAAAUGUUACCACACAUGGCAAGCAAUGUCCUCUCCACCGUGCCCGUCAUCCAGAGGCAGGUCAUUAUCAGUUAUGGGGCCCUCUGUCCUGGAAGUAACCCCCUUUCCUGUGGACAGGGAUCUGGGAGAGCCCCACACCCUAAGGGACACAGCCUCUGCAGUGACUGUCAGAGAUAUGAGGCUGCCAUCUCAGGAGAGGCCCCUCCGUGACAAAUUGGGUCCCUUUUCCCCAGUACUGCUGGUCAGAUCAUUAAGAGACUCCUUCCAUCUCCUCAGUUCCCCCGGGUAGUCCCAUGUGUCUGUCCCCCUUGAUAACCAGUCACUUAUUUGCAGGGUGGUACUGAAUAAAGAGCAAAAGCA